AGGGACAUCUAGAUGCCGUGAAGGAUAGUGCCAAGAGCCAUCUAGAUGCCGUGCAGGAAAGGUUAGCGAUACACGUGGCAGAAAUCUAUUUGCUAUUUCCUCAUCGGUUUCGUCACCGAGUAGGCAACCUCGACUACAAAUAGACGCUCUCACGGGGACUUCUACAUCAUUGAUUUCAUAUAUUCAAGCCAUUAGAAAAAUCCCUUUACCCUUUUGAAGAUGCAGAUCUUUGUCAAAACUCUUACCGGAAAGACGAUAACCCUAGAGGUUGAGAGCUCGGACACGAUCGAUAAUGUCAAGGCCAAGAUCCAAGACAAAGAGGGCAUCCCACCGGAUCAGCAGAGGCUAAUAUUCGCCGGGAAGCAGCUUGAAGACGGUCGAACUCUGGCCGACUACAACAUCCAGAAGGAGUCCACCUUGCACUUAGUGCUUCGUCUCCGCGGUGGGAUGCAGAUAUUUGUGAAAACUCUUACAGGAAAGACCAUUACUUUGGAAGUCGAAAGCUCAGACACGAUCGACAACGUUAAAGCCAAGAUCCAGGACAAGGAGGGUAUUCCACCGGACCAGCAGAGGCUGAUCUUUGCCGGCAAGCAGCUCGAAGAUGGGCGAACCCUUGCCGAUUACAAUAUCCAGAAAGAGUCAACUCUUCACUUGGUCCUCCGUCUUCGUGGAGGGAUGCAGAUUUUUGUGAAAACCCUUACCGGGAAGACCAUCACCCUGGAGGUCGAAAGCUCCGACACCAUUGACAACGUGAAGGCUAAGAUCCAGGAUAAGGAGGGCAUUCCACCAGACCAGCAGAGGCUGAUCUUCGCUGGUAAGCAGCUGGAAGAUGGCCGAACCCUCGCCGACUACAACAUUCAAAAAGAGUCAACUCUGCACUUGGUGCUCCGUCUUCGUGGAGGGAUGCAGAUUUUUGUAAAAACCCUCACCGGAAAGACCAUCACCCUGGAGGUCGAGAGCUCCGACACCAUUGACAACGUGAAAGCGAAGAUCCAGGAUAAGGAGGGCAUUCCACCAGACCAGCAGAGGCUGAUUUUCGCCGGAAAGCAGCUGGAAGACGGCCGAACCCUCGCCGAUUACAACAUUCAAAAAGAGUCAACUCUGCACUUGGUGCUCCGUCUUCGUGGAGGGAUGCAGAUUUUUGUGAAAACCCUCACCGGAAAGACCAUCACCCUGGAGGUCGAAAGCUCCGACACCAUUGACAACGUGAAAGCGAAGAUUCAGGACAAGGAAGGGAUUCCACCAGACCAGCAGAGACUGAUUUUCGCCGGCAAGCAGCUUGAGGAUGGGCGAACUCUUGCUGAUUACAACAUUCAGAAGGAGUCUACCCUCCACUUGGUGCUUCGUCUGCGCGGUGGUAUGCAAAUCUUCGUGAAGACACUGACUGGAAAGACCAUCACGCUGGAGGUGGAGAGUUCCGACACCAUUGACAAUGUCAAAGCAAAGAUUCAGGACAAGGAGGGGAUCCCACCGGAUCAGCAGAGGCUGAUCUUCGCCGGGAAGCAGCUGGAAGAUGGGAGGACCCUGGCGGACUACAACAUCCAGAAGGAGUCGACCCUCCAUCUUGUCCUCCGCCUCCGUGGUGGUUUUUAAGUAUCCCAGUGGUCGGUUGGUUCUACCUACUCUUGAGUGGGGGGGUCUGGUGGGUUGUGGGUCUCAGCCAUUUGAAAGGCUUUUGAAGUUUGAAAACUAUAUCUAUAUAAAUGAUGUGUUUUGGGUAUUCUGAGUAUACCUUAAUGUCUAAGUGGUCGUUAGUGAGGCCAUAAUUAGUUUUUUUUUUUUUUCAUUGAUAAAUAAAAGUGGUGUGCUUCUUCUGGUAUA